AUGGAUUCAGUUCUGACAUCGCUUGCCAUCUUUCUUGCCGUUCUCGUCACAGCAGCACAAGGACUCACCAAUGUUAAUUACUGCCCACUGCUAGGACCGGCGUAUCCGGCUCCAACCAACCUGUCAACCAGUGCAGCCUUUGCCACGGCCAAAGCAAACAUCACCAACGUGCUUACCAACUAUGCACAACCAGGAAGAAACUCCUCAGCAACUGGUUCAGUCUUCUUUGAUGCCAAUAAGACGUCCUUCACCGUCGAGGUCUUCUCUGUCAACGAGCCCGAACCUCUGUUCCAGUACUACUACACGGCGCCAUCUCUAGCCAAUGCUACCAGUGGCGUCAAGACAGUAGACGAGAAUAGCGUCUUUCGGAUUGGCAGUCUCUCCAAACUAUGGACUGUCCUCCUUUACCUCAUCGAGGCCCGUGACGAAGGGAGCUUCAAUGACCCAGUCACCAAAUAUAUCACCGAACUGCGCGUCGCUGCAGCAGACAUUACAGGAAAUGCAACGGAAAGGCAGGAUCCGAUUGACUUUGUGCGCUGGGAGGAGGUGACGAUUGGGGAGUUGGCGAGCCAGCUGGCUGGAGUGGCCCGAGACUACGCUUUUUUCGAUACAUCACUUCCAGGUUCAGGUUCGACAAUACCUGGUUUGCCGCCACUUGCACCGUCCGAAAUCCCGCCGUGCAGUGGUGUGACGCCGUGCGACAGGGCUCAGUUCUUUCAGGGGUUGCUCAAAAGACAUCCGGUGGUCCCCACCUCAUCGACUCCCAUCUAUUCGAACGCGGCGUUUCAAAUCCUGGGAUACGUUCUUGAGGACAUCGCCAAUCAGACCUAUGCUUCGAUUCUGUUGGAGGAUAUUAUCCGGCCGCUCAACCUGAGCCGCUCCAGUUAUACCACCCCAGACGACAAGUAUGGGGUCAUCCCUAUUAAUGACACUGCCAGCGGAUGGAAUCUAGACCUCGGGGAUGAAGGGCCUGCAGGAUCUAUCUACUCGUCCACCAAGGAUAUGUCGACCCUGGGCCGCGCCAUCCUAAGCAAUACCCUGCUCCCUCCCGCCCUGACGAGACGGUGGAUGAAGCCUGCGACCUAUUCGACUUCCUUGGGCGCCGGGGUAGGAGCUCCAUGGGAGAUUUUCUCCUUCCAAGAAAGCGGCCGCACGGUCGACCUAUACACCAAGAGCGGCGAUGUAGGAGUGUACGCGGCUAUUACAGCCCUGAUCCCGGAUUAUAACGUUGGCUUCACCAUCCUCGCUGCGGGAGGGGACUCGACAUCCAUCCCGUUAAUCUUCUCGGACAUCAUCGCCGCCAAUAUCAUUCCAGCCCUCGAGCAAGCAGGCAAGGAAGAGGCAAACCGGUCCUUCAGUGGAACAUACGCCGUGACGUCCGGGCUCAAUUCAUCUAUCACCAUCACCGUGGACGAUGGACCGGGGCUGAACGUUGACCGGUGGAUCAGCAACUCGACCGAUAUGUUCGCUUCGUUGGCGGUGCCGUAUGGUGUUACGUCAGCAAAGGAUCUGAGCAUUCGACUCUAUCCGACCGGACUGCAAGACCCAUCAUCAUCCCGAAUCUCGUUCCGAGCCGUCAUCCAGCCUCUUUCGUCGGGGGGUAUCGGACCGUUUACGCAAGCGUGCUUCACCUGGGCGGAGGUGGAUGGCCUGGUCUACGGCAGUGUUGGCGUCGAUGAAUUUCUCUUCGAGUUGAAUGCGACAGGCAAUGCGGUCAGUGUCUCGCCACGGGCGUUGCGAGUGACUCUGCCGAAGGUUUUUAUAAUAAUGAUGACCCGGGGAGCAGGAAGAAAGGACCAUUUUAGUAUAUCUAACCUCGCUCUUGCGGCCCGUCACCGCCCACUGGCGACGGUGAUCCCAUUGCCCGACGGGGCUUACCCCGACCGGUUCGAUACAGCAAUUUAUGCAGGUGGCGAAUGCUCGAGCGUGUCUGGCGGUGUCCAUUUAGAAACAAACAACUGA